ACUCUACUGCUCCUUCCUCUCUCUCUCUCUCUCUCCCCCCGAUCCGGCGAUCCCUCUCGCCUGGACGCGCGGCUGCCAAAGCUUAGGCGGUAAGGAAAACCCGCUUCGUCGGGAAGCAGGGAGGGGGGCGAUGUCGUCGCCGACCGCCGCGCCGGCGCCGACCUCGCCGCCGGCGGCGAACAACACCACCCCGCCGCCGGCUACGCCGUCGGCGCCGCCCCCCGCGACCCCGGCCGCGCCGCCUCCGGCGGCGCCGUCCGCGCCGUCCCCGCCCGCGCCGGCGUCGAAGCCGCCGCCAGCCACCCCGUCGGCGCCGCCGGCCGUGCCCUCCGCGUCGCCUCCCACGCCGGGGUCUACCCCGGCCCCGGCCGUCCCCUCCGCGUCGCCGCCGUCGGCCCCGACCGGGCCGGCUACCCCGUCGCCGCCAUCGGACACGCCCUCCCCGCCGUCGUCCGGGGGUGGUGGUGGUGGGGGGAACUCGCCGCCGUCGUCCGGGGGUGGGGGGAGGUCGCCGUCCACGCCGAACCGCCCGUCGCCCAAGUCGCCCAGCCCGCAGUCGUCGGGGGGCGGGGGCUCCGGGGUGUCCACAUCGAUGGUGGUGGGCGUCGCCGUCGGUGGCCUCGUGCUGCUGCUGCUCGCCAGCUUCAUCUGCCUCUGCUGCCUGCGGAAGAAGCGGAGACGGCCGCCGCCACCGCAGCAGCAGUACGUCUACCCGCCGCCUCCGCCUCCGUACAAGGAGGAUGCAUAUGGCGGAUCAUACCAGCAGAGUUGGCAGCAAAAUGCCCCACCUCCUCCUCCGCCUGAGCAUGUAGUGAAGAUGCACCCAUCACCUCCGCCAGCGUAUGCCAACCGUCCUCCACAGCAACCAGCGACGCCUCCAGCUGCUAUGAUAAACAGCAGCGGUGGGUCUGGCUCUUACUCAGGCGGGGAGAUCCUACCACCACCGUCCCCUGGCGCUGCCCUUGGUUUCUCAAAGAGCACAUUUACUUAUGAAGAGCUGUUGAGGGCAACAGAUGGAUUCUCUGAUGCUAAUCUCCUUGGACAAGGUGGUUUUGGAUACGUUCACAGAGGAGUGCUGCCUACUGGAAAAGAGAUUGCUGUGAAACAAUUGAAAGUUGGAAGUGGCCAGGGAGAGCGUGAGUUCCAAGCAGAGGUUGAGAUUAUCAGCAGAGUGCAUCACAAGCAUCUUGUGUCUUUGGUUGGUUAUUGCAUUUCUGGGGGCAAAAGAUUGCUUGUCUACGAGUUUGUCCCCAAUAACACAUUGGAGUUCCACUUGCAUGGAAAAGGACGACCCACAAUGGAGUGGCCGACAAGACUAAAGAUUGCUCUGGGAGCUGCAAAGGGUUUGGCUUAUCUUCAUGAAGACUGCCAUCCUAAGAUCAUCCAUCGAGAUAUUAAGGCAUCAAACAUUCUUCUUGAUUUUAAGUUUGAAGCUAAGGUUGCUGAUUUUGGACUUGCGAAGUUCACUAGUGAUAAUAACACUCAUGUUUCAACGAGAGUAAUGGGAACUUUUGGAUAUCUAGCACCUGAGUAUGCAUCUUCGGGCAAGCUCACUGAAAAAUCAGAUGUCUUCUCUUAUGGAGUUAUGCUUCUUGAACUAAUAACCGGUCGUCGGCCUGUUGAUACAACUCAAACAUUUAUGGAUGACAGCUUGGUUGACUGGGCAAGACCUUUACUGAUGCGAGCACUUGAGGAUGGUAACUACGAUUCCUUAGUGGAUCCUCGGCUUGCGAAGGAUUUCAAUCCUAAUGAGAUAGCAAGAAUGAUUGCAUGUGCGGCUGCAUGUGUACGUCAUUCUGCACGUCGUCGCCCACGCAUGAGCCAGGUUGUUCGGGCUUUGGAAGGUGACGUAUCCUUGGAGGAUCUUAAUGAAGGAGUUCGGCCUGGUCACAGCCGCUACUUUGGAUCAUACAGCAGCUCGGACUAUGAUUCUGGCCAGUACAACGAGGACAUGAAGAAGUUCCGGAAGAUGGCUUUUACCAACAAUAAUGACUAUACGAGCAGCCAAUACAGCGCGCCAACCAGCGAGUACGGCCAGAUACCGUCUGCGUCAAGCAGUGAGGGCCAGCAAACCCAGGAAAUCGAGACCAGGACGACAACCAAGAAAGGCGGCCACAGUGGCUACAGCUCAGGAUACAGCGGAGCCUCGUGAGGGAAUUCUGUUUCCCUCUUUUUGACAUUUUGAUUGUUUCAAUCUGUAAAGUCUGUCCGAGUUCGUAUGACCAAAGUUGCUGACUUGCGUGCGAGGAACCGUAAGUUUGACCGAAGUAUAGCUUUUGGUAGAGCUACAAUUGUUGAUUCUUUCAUAAGUGUUAUGUUAUUGAUGUGCCUCUCCCACCGUUUGGCGUUUGCCUAUGUAAUUCAAAACGAGCUAAUUAACUGUUGACAUACUGUCCAUACUUAUUCAGUGUUGAGUCAGUGCGCCUGACAAGAGUUCAUUCA